GAUCACAGAGGUUGUCUGGUCGUACCCAAAUUCGCACCUUCGUCAACGCCAGCCACAUAGCCAACACAAGGCUGUGAUUUUCUUAAUAAUGGCGGACCAGCCUCACUACGUCACGCGAGGAAGCGCGUCGCACUCUCAGUUGAUUGGCAUCACGCAGCGCACAACACCAUUGGCCAUAGUCUGGACCGGUGAGCAGCGUGUUCGAUUCUCCGACUUUCAAGUCAACGAAAUCACCAAGGAUGGCAAGGUGGUACACUUAAGCAGCAUUGGCAUGAACGACGAGCCGAUAUCCAAGACCCCUCAAUCAAAAGCAGAAAAGGGUGUAGAAGAGGAUGCUCCCACAAUUGAAGCGUUAGAUGAGACACAGACGUCCGCUACCACUCCGGCGGAACACAAGACGGAGAUUUCACCUGACGACAUUGCCGUCCUGGCCGGCCUCGUCAACGAAACAUUCGCCCAAGAUCUUGUCAAGCUUGUCAACGGCGAAGGGAUUGCCGAAGGACAGCAAGUGGCGUCUGUCAGCUCUGGUCCCUUGGAAGACAAGUCGAAGCGCGGCCAAAUACAUGGCGAGGUGCGCCGCAUUUUCAAAUCCCGGCUCGAGACGUCCACCGAUGGCACAGGUGCGAUUAUGGCUACCAAGGUCCCGUUACGAAAGGGAAAAAAGCGCAACCGCGGUGCCCGCGGACAGCCUGAUGACAAGCCUACCGGUGAAUACCUUCACUUCACGCUCUACAAGGACAACCGCGACACCAUGGACGCAGUCAACCAGAUCGCGCGCAUGCUUCGCAUUAAGCCACAAUCCAUUGGCUAUGCGGGAACCAAGGAUAGGCGGGCGUCGACUGCUCAACGCUGUUCCGUUAGGUAUAUGAGGCAACGCGCCCUUGCUGGCACGAACAGCAAGCUCUGGGGUAUCGCGACGGGUGACUACGCGUAUCGUGAUGACCCAAUCCAUCUUGGACAGCUUCUCGGAAACGAAUUUGUCAUUACCCUCAAAAACUGCAAAGUUGUCGGCGAGUCUGCCGACACCCCGACUGCGGUGCGCCUCGAGAGGAUGCGGAGACGAGUGCAGGAAGCCCUGGACCACAUGGCUCGGCACGGUUGGAUCAACUAUUUUGGACAUCAGCGCUUCGGUACGUACGAUAUCGGCACUCACGAAAUUGGCAAGCUUAUCCUUGGCAACAAGUGGGAAGAGGCCGUCAAAGCCCUCCUCAGCUUCGACCCUGAGAUUGCAGCGAAAGCCGCAGCCGGCGAGGUCCCUGCUGAGGCCAUGAAGCGUGAUGAGUACGCCCGGCACCAUGCCUGCAUGCUCUUUCUCACCGGCAAGGACGUUUCCAAGGCCGCUCGCAUCAUACCUGGCAGGUACACGGCUGAGUCGUGCAUCCUGCGCCACCUGACGCGCAUGGGGACCGGCGCGCUCAAGGACUACGCCGGCGCUUUGACACACAUCACUAGGGGCCUGCGAUCCAUGUACCUUCACGCUUACCAGUCGCAUGUCUGGAACCAUGUUGCCAGCCGACGGUGGGAGCUCCACGGAGACAAGGUCAUCGCGGGCGAUCUCGUCAUCUCAGACGCUGCCGACGCCGCGCCACCCGCUACCGAGAAGGACCAGGACGGCGAUGAGAUUGUCAAUCCGGGCGAUGAGGCCGACGAUGAUGCUGUUCGUGCCCGGCCGCUCACAGAAGAGGAGGCCACCGGCGGGCGAUUCACCAUUCACGAUGUGGUCCUCCCGUCGCCGGGGUACGACGUGCGCUACCCAGACAACGAUAUUGGCCGCUUCUACGAGGAAUUCAUGGGCCGCGAGGAGAACGGCGCGCUCGAUCCGCACAACAUGCGCCGCCUGCGCCGCGAGUUCAGCCUUCCUGGCCGGUACCGUAAGCUCAUGCAUCGGUUCCUCGCCGAGCCAAGCCUCGAAAUGCGGCUAUACGCGGACGACACGGAGCAAAUGCACCCAACGGAUCUCGAUGUCAUCAAGUUGGCCGGAGAUGGCAUCGGUAGCGGCGGCAAGCGUCGCCGUGGCGAGACCGACGGCGAAGGCGCCAACAAGCGCGCAAAGACGGAGGAGGGCUGUGGGGAGGGUUCGGCUCACAACGUGAGCGGGGAUGCAAUUGCCGAUGUGUUGGCCGAUCAAGAUCCCGCUGCCGAGCCGGACAAGAUUGCGGCGGUCGUCAAGUUCCAGCUGGGGAGCAGUGCCUACGCGACCGUCGCACUGAGAGAGCUCAUGGGCGAUCCGCCGGAGGAGACAGCCAGCGAGAAACCUACAAAGGAAACGAAAGAAUGAAGCGGCGACACGAAUGACGUACGUGUCCCCACUAGACCUCAGCAAGCUCAACCAUUUGAUGCCCAAUCCUAUACGCUAU